AAAGCCAAGCGUGAGGAGCCGCAGAAGGACAUCAAUGAAACAAAGACAUGACAUGCACACACUUGAAUUAAAAUGCAUUAACCAAAGCUGCAACUCAUAAAACAAACGUUUCGUUGAACUGGAAGUCCGCGCUGUUUGCUGCCCAACGCCAGCUGAAGCGUGAUGCAUCCAGAGCAGCCCGGAACAUGCUUCGCCCCGCGGAGACGACAGGCAGAUUCAGCCCCUCGGGGCACCUUGAGCACCGGCCUACUGCAGGGCCUCAUCCAGAGCGCCAGGCCUCCUUCCUUCUGCUUCCUGUUCCCCAGGGUCCAUGCAGCUGAUGUGGCUGCUGCCCAGCCUGCACAGAUGCCCUCUCCUUCCUCCUCCUCCUCCUCCCCCUCAACCAGUCCUGCUCCUGCAUCCAUCCCCACUCCCAGUAACGUGCCAAGCAACAUGGGCAAGCCAGAAUUCCCAGACACGGGAUGGGACCGCAUCAAGGAUCUCUUUGAGAAAGAUCCGACACACAGGUACCCAGAGGAGCUGACCAGCGUGAUAAAGAGCGGGCUGGUCGCUGCGCUAGCAGGCAUGAUCUACGGAGGCCUGCCAGCAGCUCGCCACGCCAGGAACAGGUACAUCCAAGUCAGCCAGGCAGAAAUCUACACCAGUCGUGUGGAAGCGGUGCGCUCGGCACAUAACGCAGCUAUCCGAGGUUUCUUGAGAUACGGAGUGAGAUGGAGCUGGAGAGUGGCUGUGUUCGUCACCUUGUUCAAUUCUGUCAGCACAGGCCUGUCUGUAUACAGAGACAAGUACGCCCUCAGCCAUUAUGCAGCUGCUGGAGCUGUGACUGGAGGCCUCUUCAGACUGAACCUGGGCCUGGGAGGUCUGGUGGCAGGGACAAUCAUUGGAGCAGUGCUGGGAGUUCCUGCUGGUGGUUUGAUCAUCAGCAUGCAGUCGCUGGCUGGAGAAACAGUCCGAGAGAGGAGGAGGAGAGAGCGCAGGGAGCUGUAUGAGCUCAGGCUUGAGGAAUGGACGGCCCGUCUGGAGUUAACGGACGAGUUGAUCGAAGAUCUGAAUGUCAGCUCUCAGGCAGAGGAGACAAGUAAGGACAUGCAGAGGAUCCAGGAACUGCUCAGCUUACCGCAGAACGAGAGCGUCGCUCAGGACUCGAGCAGCCAGCGACAGUAGCUGCCUUACUGCCCUGUUAAUCUGUCAGACAUUGAAGGUGGGACUUCACACACCUCUGAGGAUAAACGGGUCACUCUCUUGCCUGGAAUUGACACAUGUUCAUUCUCACUGAAGGGAAACCGCUUCACAUCACAAUGCAAAGACACUGUUGUUGUUUCACCCACUACUGAAAAUGUGCCCAUUCAGAGACAAUAGUUGUACUGGGCGAUAUGUGUGUGUUUGUGUGAAGCAAGUUGUCAAAUGAAUGUCAGCCACUUACAGUUUGAGGAACAUUUACAUUAGAAGACUACAAAAUCACAUAUUUAUAUUAAUUUAAAACUAAUUCAAAUGCAGCUUCUGGACUCGAUACACUGCUAAGCAAUUUUUAAAAUGGGAUAAAGGAAUAAAAAAACUAAAUGACAUGUUUUACAUAUUAUUGGGAUAAUUCAAUUUAAUCUGGACUCCGUGUGGAGCUCUGAUCAAUUGUGGUUAAAUAUUGUUGGUUUUUGUUUGCCAGUUGUGCUUAAUAUGUCCAUCUAUAUUUGUUUUUGUGUGUGACGGAAAACACUCAGUGCUGAUGGCACAACAAAUGUUAUCCAAAGUCAAAUUGACAAGUUGCACUUGUGUGGAAUACAACCUAAUAAAGCAU